CUCUAUGGUGACAUAUCAAGUCCAGCUUCUUUUCCCUCUCCUCAGGAACGAGCCUACUUGCUGUCAUUGUGCGUGCACGAGCUACCAUUGUUUGUUUGUGUAGCGACAUGUUGAAAAUGGCGGAGGGGAGAGACCUACGCGACAUAAAGAGUCAAAUAUUAGUAAACCGUGAAUGACAAUUUCAAAAGCGCAAAUUUGAAAAGCUGAAAACAGCGACAUUAUUUUGAAACUGGCUUUGAAUUAGCUUACAUUGCUAAUCUCGCUAGCUUCAAUAGUGUGAUUUUUACUCACAGGCUUGUUUGUCAACAUUAGCCAACAGCCAUGUUCUCCCUGGCUUGUGUCAAACUACAGCGCCAGACCACAUUAUCCAUAGCGAGUGGAAGAGAUUGAUUCAUGGAGCGGCAGAAGAGAAAACCAAGGCACCCGAACUAGUUGGCACUGGCCGCCCAAUUUACGGGCUUUACUGUAAAAUAUUUACUUCCGAAUUAGCCAAUUUAUGCAUGGAAAUUGAACGUCUUAACUUUAAUCAACGACAGAUUGCAUUGAAAUGUAAUAAAUACAGAAGAUAAACACCAACGUAUACGGAGAUUGAGACAGGUCCAGCUCGCUACCUCCUCCCCCAGUGGGAUGGUGCUGCAUGACAGGGAGGCCUUGGCGCCGUAGCCCCCUCUCCUGGAUCCUGCCCGCCCCACCACCACCCCCCUCAGAGCGGAUGACCACCACCACAGCAGCCCCCCAUGAGUCACCCUCUGGAGCCCUAGAUCAAGUGUCCUGAAGCUCAGAAUGAGUGCUGUAGGGGAAAGUGCCCUGGAUCCUGCCACGCCAGAGUCCCGCAAGAGGAAGGGCUCACCAUGCGACACCUCAGAGCAGAGUGUGGAGAAGCGGCGACGGGAGCUGGAGUGUCGUUACAUAGACGAGCUGGCUGAGCUCCUGUCUGCCAACAUGGGCGACAUCGCCAGCCUCAACGUCAAGCCAGACAAGUGCCACAUCCUCAGGAGCACCGUGGACCAGAUCCAGCAGAUCAAACGGCGCGAGCAGGAGAAAGCGGCUAUGAUGUCACCGGAAGACGAGGUGCAGAAGAGUGACAUCUCGUCCAGUAGUCAGGGCAUGGUGGAGAAAGAGGCUCUGGGGCCGCUGCUGCUCGAGGCUCUGGACGGCUUCUUUUUUGUGGUGAACCGCGAGGGCCGGAUCGUGUUUGUGUCGGAGAAUGUGACGGGUUACCUAGGCUACACCCAGGAAGAGCUGAUUACCUCCAGCGUCUACAGCAUCCUCCAUGUGGGAGACCACGGCGAGUUUGUCCGCAACUUGCUGCCCAAGAGCCUUGUGAACGGGGUGCCGUGGCCCCAGGAGCAGAGUCGGAGGAACAGUAACACAUUUAACUGCCGGAUGCUAAAGAGGCCCCCUGAUGAGGUGGACUCAGAGAACCAGGAAGCACUACAGCAGUACGACAUCAUGCAGUGUUUUACUGUCUCCCAGCCCAAAGCCAUGCCGGAGGAGGAUGACCUGCAGAGCUGCCUGAUCUGCAUAGCCUGCCCGAUGCCCCGCCCACAGCAGCUACCCGCCAUCCGCACUGAGUCCUUUAUCACCAAACAGGACCCCACAGGGAAGAUCAUCUCCAUAGAGACCAGUGCUCUGCGGGCGACGGGGCGACCGGGCUGGGAGGACCUUGUCCGGAAGUGUAUCUACGCCUUCUUCCAGCCGCAGGGCAAAGAACCCUCCCACGCAAAGAAGCUGCUCCACGAGGUGAUGACCCAUGGCACGGCCAUCAGCCCUCUUUACCGGUUCAACCUGAGCGAUGGGACCCCCCUCAGCGCUCAGACCCGCUGCAAGUUCUGCUGCCCCCCCAACCAUGACGUUCAGCCCUUCAUCAUGGGCAUUCACACUAUCGACAGGGAACACAACACUGCUAGCUCUCAGGAAAACACUAACUCCAGCCUUCUACUGACCCAUAGGAGCCCUGCUCCCUCCCACUCCCCUGCCCUCCCCCCGGGCAGCGAGGCCAGCCAAGCCCCAGCCCCCACCUCGGGCCUCCAUCUCAACAACGGCAAAAGCUCCAGCACCACCGCCCCCACCACACCCACCAGCCAUUCAGCAGGGUACCUGACGCCCAACCGGAUGUGUCCUCAGCAGGUCAACAGCCCCUCGCCCCUGGGAAGCCCCCUCACUGCCACCCCUACCUCAUUCAUGUCGCCCAGGCCCCCCAGGGCCAGUCCGGGGCUGGGCGGCCCGCGUGUCCCAGGGAACCCCUUCUCCCCUUCCACCCCUGGCCUGCACUCUCCGGCAGCGUCCCUGGGAGGUGGAGCUGGUGGCGGGGGAAGUGGAAUCCUCAGCCGGCGCCACUCUGGUGGGGACGGUGGAGCAGGGACACCCCUGGGUUUCUCUCUGCCCUCCCCUUUACCUCAGAGGCAGGCCAGCACCCCCACCAGCUCCCCAGCGCGCCCUCCCCCCGCAAGCCCCCAGAGGGAGGAGGAGGAGGUGGGGGGCGGAGAGGACCUGGCUAAAGGAAAACUAGGGGUGAACCCCAAACUCAACCAGCCCCUGGACAACGGCGGAGUGGGGGCGCCUAGGGACCCCAAAAACACAUCUACCAAACCCACCUCCACCCCUCAGUGCCCGGCCUCCCACAGCACGCUGACGGAGCGCCACAAGAUCCUCCACCGCCUCCUGCAGGACAGCAGCCUAGCUGAGGGCAGCAACGGCAAGGAGUCUGAGAUCAAGAAGGAGCCUCCUGCCAGCCCUGCCACCGCCAACCCCAACGGACCCCCCACCACCCCCCAGGACCACCAGCUGCUGCGCUUCCUCCUGGACACGGAUGAGAAGGACCUGGGCGACCUGCCCCUCCGGCCGCUCUCAGCCUGCAGACGGUCCGGGUCAAAACUGAGAAGAGGGCCAGCGGGGACACUACUCCCUGCGCUGCAGCCUGCGCCAGCCCCAAGCCCAAACCGAGCCCUGCAGACAGCAGGCCGUCCAGAGACCCGUUCCCCAGUGUAUCUGCUGACCUGGACCCUCUCAGCCAGCUGCUGCCCACCCUCAGGGGCCCCACAGGGGCCAAGCAGGGCAGCAAGGAGCAGGGUGGUCCCCAGACCCAAGCCCUGUCGUCCCAUAGCCAAACCCAACCUCAACCACGGCUCCAUUCACCUCCACAGCCCCAGACACAGCCUUGGCUCCAAUCACCUCUUCAAACCAAACCUCAGAACCAUAUCAAGCUUCAGUCCCCUACCCAGCUUCAGUCCCCCACCCAGCUUCAGUCCCCCACCCAGCUUCAGCCCCCCACCCAGCUUCAGUCCCCCACCCAGCUUCAGUCCCCCACCCAGCUUCAGUCCCCCACCCAGCUUCAGUCCCCCACCCAGCUUCAGUCCCCCACCCAGCUUCAGUCCCCCACCCAUCUUCCGUCCCCUACCCAGCUUCCGUCCCCUACCCAGCUUCCGUCCCCUACCCAGCUUCAGUCCCCUCCCAGCUUCAGUCCCCUACCCAGCUUCAGUCCCCUACCCAGCUUCAGUCCCCAACCCAGCUUCAGUCCCCUACCCAGCUUCAGUCCCCCACCCAGCUUCAGUCCCCCACCCAGCUUCAGUCUCCUACCCAGCUUCAGUCUCCUACCCAGCUUCCGACCCCUACCCAGCUUCAGUCCCCUACCCAGCUUCAGUCCCCUACCCAGCUUCAUGCCCCUACCCAGCUUCAGUCUCCUACCUUACUCCAGCCCAGUGGGGCCAACACGGUCAAGGCCGUGACCGUGAAGAGGGAGCCUCCCGGAAGACCAAGCCGAGGUACGGCAGGAAUAAAGGGGGGCUCACUGAUGGCCCCAGCCUGCAGAACCAGUCACACUUUGACUUCUGCAGCCCCAGCCAGAGACCGGGACAAGGGGAGCUCUUCCAGACGCCUGAAGACAGCAGCAGCCCCUUUAAAGAGCCUGGACUAAUGAACUCAUUCAACUCCAACACCGCGUUGUCUAAGAUGGAGACAGACUCUCAGCAGUUCCAGACCCUGGCCCUGACUGAGACUCUGUCCUUUGAUGGAGGCAUGGGAAACCCUGUGCAAGCCUCUCUGGCCUCCCCUCAGGAGCAGUGUGUCCCAUGCCCGCUGGAUGAGCUGCUGUGCCCCCCCACCACCCCCGAGGGGCGUAACGACGAGAAGGCCCUCCUGGACCAGCUGGUGUCCUUCCUGAGUGGCACAGACGAGAGCGAGCUGGCUGAGCUGGACCGAGCCCUGGGCAUCGACAAGCUGGUGAAGGGCGGCUGCUUCGACCCCGUCCCUCAACGGUUCCCCUCCCAGCCUCCUGCCACCACCCCCAUCUCCAUGGACCCCAAGCUGCCCGGCUACCCCUCUCAGUUCAACCCCGGCCCACCUGCCCAGUUCCCUCCAGAGAUAGCAGGGAUGCAGAGUAUGGGGGGCUUCGGUGCACCCAGGGGGGCCUUCCCUGGGGGCAUGAUGCUGAGGCCUGGCAUGGGCAGAGCGCCUGGCAUGACCAACCAGCUCCGGCUGCCUCCCAACCAGCUGAGGUUACAGCUGCAACAGAGGCUGCAGGGCCCACAGCAGCUGCAGAACAGGCUGGCUGCCAUGAGCCCGUUCCCAGGGGAAGCUCACGUUGCCAUGGGGAUGCGUCAGGGAGGGAAGCAGCCUCAGAUGCCCUCUCAGCCUCCUCUGAACGCCCAGAUGCUGGCCCAGAGGCAGCGGGAGCUCUAUAGCUUCCAGCACCGCCAGAGACAACUCCUGCAGCAGAAGGUCAUGUUGAUGAGGCAGGGCGGGGGGCCUAUGGGGGCCACCAGGGGACAAAAAGGACCCCAGCCACAGCAACAACAGUUUGGCUAUCCUCCAGGCUACAGCCCCAUGCCAGGGAACCCACCCAGCUCCCCCAGCCUAUUCAACCCCAUGGGAGGGACCCAGGACCCCAAGUUGUCGGGCCAGGGCCCUAUGGGCAGCCAGACAACUAUGACGGGAGGGAUGCAGGGACAGUUUGGGGGGGCGGUGAACUCGGUGGUGCAGCCUGUGCUCUUCCAGCAGUUUGGAGGACCAGGUAUGGUCCAGCAAGGAGACCCCUCGUUCCCUCCAGAGCUCAGCCCCACCAGUCCCCUGCUGUCCCCUCAGAACUCCACCUCCCAGAGUCCUCUGCUCCAGCAGGCCCAGCCUCCUCCUGGGUACCAGUCACCUGACAUGAAGAGUUGGCAGCAAGCUGGCAUGGGCGGAAACAGCUUGUUCAGCCAGUCUGGUCAGACGAUGCCCCAGGCCUUUGGGCAACAGGGGGUCUACAACAACAUGAGUAUCACGGUGUCAAUGGCAGGAGGCUCAGGGGGGGUGGGCUCGCUACCUUCCAUUGGACCACCUGUUGGCAUGGGCAACAGUAACCUUGGCGACAUCAACUCCAUGUGUAACGAUCAGGUACAGCAGGUUCAAGUGUUUGCCGACGUCCAGUGUACGGUGAACCUGGUGGGCAGCGACUCCUACCUGAACCAGUCGGGGUCCAUAGACACCCAGAAGGGCCCCCAGGGGCCUCAGAGCAGCCAGUCCCAGCAGAAGAGCCUCCUCCAGCAGCUCCUCACAGAGUGACUUCUCAGCUCAGCCGCCUGCCAGGAGAGUGGUGCUCCACAGACCACCAACCUCUUCUCUUUCUCACCUUUGGUUUUAGACAACUGCCUGCCGGACUGGUUAGGAGGGCCCUGGGAUGGAGACUGAGGUCCAGGUAAGAGUGUGUCUGUCUACCUGCCUGACCUGCCUGCCAGCCAGCCUCAGCCCAUACCGUACCAUAAGGCAGCAGCGAUCGUUCAGCGCUCAUUCCUGGUUACCUACUUUCAACACAAAGUCUGCUUUCAGUUCUGAGAAAGGAAUCAGCUUCCGGUUUUGCCAAGUCGUCGUGGUUGUCAAAAGAGGAUCUGGUUCCUAAUUGCCCGUUCCGUCAGGCCAUCGCAGCAGUGCGUCUUGGGAGUGCGAUCAACGUGCAGCUGAUCUCAGCUUUGGGUGGUUAACCCGUCGUCUCAACUUUUGCUCUAGCGUGAGGUGGCGUUGUGGGGACAACGUUUUGGGAAUGUUAGGUUUUUAACCUCUGCAAUGGGAAGCUCAGUUUCAGCUGGAUCUGUGACUGACUAGCUCUCUCCAUUGCAGUGCCUGAUGGGAGGAAAUUCCCAGCUCUCGUUUUUUGUUUUUGUUUCUCUGUUCUCGUCGUCUGCGUCGUCAGGACAACAAGCAGCACGGCCGGGAUGGGAUGGGAGAUUGCGUUGCUCUGCUCAGUUGGCAACACCGUCUUUCACAUUUUCAAACCACCAGGCUGUUAAAGUAACUGUCUGUCUUACACAUUUUUCUCCCCAGCAGCUGUGAAUAGGAGCCAUGUUGGGCUCUCCUUGGCCUGUCAGUAUUGUUUGUCAUGUGUAACCGUGCAGGUGGGUAGUAUUGUACAGCACAGAUGGACACACAUUGGGAUGAGUUCACACUACUUUCCUUCCACAAGCGUAAUUUAAUUACUCUAAAAUGCAACUGUCGUUUUUAGCUCAAACUAUACAUUGUGAUUCAAUGCGGUUUUCUUCCGUUUUUUUAAUUUGAGAGUAACAUGUCAGUUAUUAUAAUUUGUUCAGGCGAUAUUUGGCAUUAUGAAAAUGUACCUCUGCUAAAUGUGCUCUGUGUUCUGUAAUGUGAAAAAAGAAAAUCUCGCUAUAAGAAUUUGAUUGAUUUUAGAAAUGGCUAGCUCUGCUCUUUUGGCAGACCUUUGAAUGUUUUAAUCCCCUUAAAUGAACCUCAAAACAAACAAGAAUGGGUUAUCAAUAUUACACAAUGACAUGAAUAGGCUGUAACUCGUAACCGUAGAAGAAGUGAUGGAAGUUGAAUGGGGUGUUUUCUUGGAAACACAGUGCUCUCUCUCCUCCAACUCUCUGCCCGUGAUGAUGUCAUUCCACUGGCCACACACUACAGCUCUUUUUGACUGCUCAUGUGACUACUGUUGCCCAGUCAGACACUGUCUAUUAGCGCUAACCUCUGAUAUUUUACUGUACACAUUCAUUCGCAUAGAAAGUCUGGCCCAAAAAAACACCAUGUUUUAUGUGGGUAAACAGUAACCUAUUAACAAGCAAUGAACCCAAAAAUGAAGAGAAAGCAACAACAGAAAGAGCAAAGUUCGGCGACGUUCUAAUGAUAAUGAAAAAUCAAGUCUAAUUUGGCUUUUGGCUUCUCUGCUCUAUCCCGGGUAUGUGUAUUUCUGACUAACAGAAGGCUUUCUUAAGGGUGUUAUGGUCCAACUAGAUAUCACUGUGUAUAUACAAGGUAUUUUACAAAGUGUGCAACAUUACCCGAGCACAGCUAAUAACCGAGGAGGGUUAGGGAUGAUCAGUUGAAAUAGCAUGCAUGAUCACCAUCCUCCUGAGACCUCAAACUGAAUGCCAACUCCUUUAAUGUGCUAUGAUUUCUGAAUCACGCUGUGUACCGUUUCAAUGGCGUCUGUGUGCCUGUGCUUUAUACCCAAACAGUGGCUCAGGUGUCCUCAGCAUACAACUCAAAUUCAACCUGAAAAUGGUUCUAAUUUUGUGUGAUGUUGAUUCAAGUUGACAUGAAAAGCUGGUAGCGGUUCCAAUUCGGAGACUCAAUUUGUGAAAGAGAUAAACCUUGAUUUGACAUACCACUUCUUCCUGUCAUUCUAAGACACUUCAAAUGUUGCUUUGCUUUUAGCCUUUUGCAUUUCAUUCAAAAACAAUAUAUAUACGAUUUAAUAGAUGAGAUAUUUAAGUGUAUUUUUCUUCUGAUAAGGUAAAUGAUUUACUUUCUAUUUGAAAGGGAUGUGGGUUAACAAUUAGUACUUAUCAAUGUUAAAGCCAUUCCUGAGCCACUGUUUGGUUUAUGUAAAUAAACAUACACUUUACAAAACACACGGAAGCAAGACAAAAUUAACAGAAUGUAUGUGGAAGGAUUACAUUUGUUUUCAGUAUACAUUUGUACUAUAUAGGGUACCAGCUAACGGUUUCAUACUCCCAGAAGUGUUACAAAGGAUAACGUUUCAUGAAUCUCUUCUUCACAUACUCUCCAGCCUUCGCUCCUCAUUUAGGAACAGGCAUUACUGUAUAGAAAGUGUUAAUAGAACUAUGUCAAAUGCAGAAAUUCAUCUGAUCUGUUAAUAUUAACUGUUUAGCAUUUGGGAUAUAAUAUGCCAAAUACAAAGCACCAUUAGACAACGGUCAUUAACUUAACAGACAUUCUUAUAUGCAAGAGCCGCUCAAUGGCAAAGACAGUCCAUUCAGUACAGGUACAAGGAAAAUAUUUGAACUGGUUCUUCAACAUGUUAACAUGUAUAUAACAGACAAUGUGAAUAUGUAUUUGUUCAGAAUCGACAAAAUGUAGUGCUCCAAGUUUGUGGUAUUAACUACUCGCUUCCAUUUUAUUUUGUAUUUUUUUGAUGUAUAUGACUGUCUGAGUGUGUGUAUGUAUGUGAUUAAUACUGUAUAUCUGGUGUUUAAGAUGGAAACCGAUUAUGUCCUGAUUAGAUUUUUUUCUUCUUUUUAGAUACCUGCAAGUUUUCCUGUGGGUGUUGUUCAGAUUGCUCUUUAUGUGAGAGAAUGGUUUAGCGACUGCUGAAUGUGAUUUUACUGAGAGAGAGAGAAGCAGUGUGGACUGGCUUUUGUACGGGUUAAUUUAAAAAAAAAAAAAGGCCAUAUUAUUUAAUUUCUCUGUUGUCAAAAAGUUUAAACAGAUCUGAGAAAGUGGAACCUUGUAUUCUGAGAAGCAUCGCUCCGGUAGUUAAGUGGGCUUUUGUAGAUUGAUCGCCUGAUGUAUUUUUAGCAUUUUCAAAAAGUAAUGACCAAAGCUUUAAGAUGUUUAAUUCAUAUCAUAUGCAAGCCUCAUGCAAUUGGACGAGACAAAAUGUAGCGUUUGUUCACUUUUCUAAAAGGAAAUAGUCUAUACAUACUAGUUCCUCCUUGACCACACUACUAAUUGUGGUAGUUUGUGCUUUGCAUGUUUGUCCUUUAUUUCUUUUUCCACACAAUUUGUCCUAAGAUACUGACAAGUGACCUAUCAGAUUUAGUAUUUUUAUCUAACUUCUAUUCUUUGGAAUAUCUCAAAGUAUGAUCAGUUAGAAACUUCCUCUCCUUGUUGCCGUUGACUCCUGGCAAAGACUCAAAAAGGUUUGUAGGGCCUGACAUGCUGUCACUGUUUACAGGAAGAGAGAAACUUGCAACAGCUAGCUAUGCACCUUAACAAAAAGCUUUUUUUUAACACUGAUUUAGGUAUUCAAAGCAAACUAGAAUUUGAAUCAAUGAUUUAAAUCAAGGUAUUUUAGUUUAUUGAAAGAAGAAGAGAAGCCUAGUGAACCAAUUAUUAUUUACUUUUUUUACUCAACUAGCAUUGGUGAUAGUUGUCUGAACUUGUGGGUCUGCUCUCUCAACUGAAUCUCACAGAUUAAGAUUAUUCAAUCAAAUAUUUCAAUUUAUUUAGCUGAACACUUUAUACCAAAUUUGAGGUGCCUCUUGUAUAUACAGUAUUUUCUGCAUAGAGGACUGCUCCUCGCUGUUUGAUGAUGUUAAUGAGGAUUUUCUUAUCUUUACCUUUAUAAAACAAGUUUGCUGCAUUUUACAUUACUUUUCUACAAGAAAUCUAAAUAUUCCAGGAAUUUGCAAGAAAAACAAUCUACUUUUGCACUUUAUCUCAGAAUUAUUUAGAGGAAACAGGCCAUCAUAAAUACUACUCAUGUUCACAUCAGAUUUCAUCAUUAUCAUCAUCGUAAAUCCCCUAAAUCACAGGAGGUUGGUGGCACCUUCAUUGGGGAGGACGGGCUCGUGGUAAUGGCCAAAGCGGAAUAGGUGUAAUUACAUUUUACAUUUUAGUCAUUUAGCAGACGCUCUUAUCCAGAGCGACUUACAGUAGUGAAUGCAUACAUUUCAAUUAAUUUCAUUAAAAAAACAAUUCUGUGCUGGCCCCCCGUGGGAAGCGAACCCACAACCCUGGCGUUGCAAACACCAUGUUCUACAAACUGAGCUACAGGGAGUAAUGGUAUCAAAUACAUCAAACACGUGGUUUUCAUAUGUUUGAAGCCGUUCCAUUUGCAGACAUUAUGAGCCGUCCUCCCCUCAGCAGCCUCCUGUGCCCUAAAUGUGAUAGAAAGUAAAAUAUAGAUUUCUCAUGUUCUUAAGAACUUGGUUGCAGAGCCCAUCAAUAUGAUUACAAAAGAGAAGUGUACAUUCUCUACUACUACUCUUAUGUAGUUUGACAUAUGAUCGUUCUCUCUGCCACAGAUCCUCAAUCUAAACUAUGCCUUUCUUCUUCAGGUGAUCCACUGCCCCUCUCCCCUCGGCCAUUAGAUAACUAACGCGCUUACACUCAUACUCCUGUCCUGCAGCAGCUUUAACUGUUCAAAACAUUCCCCCUCAACUUUGCUCUUAGCUACCAGCAAUCAUUGUGCUCUGGUCUAUACUGUAGCAUUUUACAUUUUAGUCAUUUAGCAUGUGCUCUUAUCCAGAGCGACUUACAGUAGUGAGUUAAUACAUUUCCCCAUACUGGUCCCCUGUGGGAAUCGAACCCCGUUGAAGCGCCAUGCUCUACCAACUGAGCCCCACGGGACCAGCGGCAGUUCUAUUCUAUAUAUUUCUAGGCUUAGUAAUUCCUACCAAGCAGUUACAGCCUUACAUACGUGUACUGCUAUCCCCUGCAUCUGUCAUUUUGUCACCACCUUGUAACAUACUGCCUAAUGCAGAAGCAACUAACAUCCUUGUUAAGAUGAAUGCACUCUACCUUCUACAGGUAUUACUUCUCAACUGUUCCGAGUAUUGGAGCAACUGUUUGCUGAUGAUGUUUGUCAAGUGUUGUAAGUGCUGCAUAAUCGAGACUGAAGUUGGUUGUGGAUGGAGAAGUCAAAAGCUUGUCUCGCCACUUAUAAGGCCAAUGCUUUCUCAUUGAAACGAGGUUCCACUUUUCCCCCUGUAAAAUUAAUAUAAAUAAAUAUAAAUAUAUAUAUUAUACAUUUUACUCAUUUUGUCCAGUUUUGUUUAUUAAACUUGUUUUUAGACAGGCAUCAGAGCAGCUGUGUGGGUGGGACAAUAUGAAGUAUCUGGGAGAAUUAUGCAUGUUUUUAUUUCUGUGUCCAGGUGGAAUACCUGGGAUAAAUCCUACAUUUUCUUAGGACAUCGUAGACAAUCAGUCUCAGGCUAGGUCAAGUAGCUACAGGGGGUCCCUGUAGACUGAAAAGCAACGUUUUUGCAUCUACUGAAACAGUCUUAUUUGUCUGUCGAUUUUUUUGGGAGGUAUGUGGCUGCUCAGACUGGGAUUAGUUCAAAGUUUACACACACACAACUCACACACCUCGUGCGUUCAGUCCCUCUAUUGCUUUUCCAAGGUGAAGAUGCAGACCUUGAAGGAAAUUAUGCUUUGACUAACAAAUCUAUAACAUCCAUGAAUGUGAGAAUGAAACACAUUUGCAAUAAAAACACCAUUUUAAAACAGGA